AUGGAUUCGAUAUUGUUUGAAAAAGUGAGUUUUUGGCGCGAAAAUUUGAUCUACCGUAAUCUACUGAAAAUUCUGGGAUUUUUGAAACCAAAUAUGACUAGGUUCGGGUUACUGUAGGUUUUUGGCGCGAAAAAAUUCUACAGUAACCCGAACCUAGUGUCAAAAAUCGCAGAAUUUCCACCAGAUUACGGUAGAUCAAAUUUUGGCGCCAAAAAAUCCGCAUUUUUUGUUGCAGCAAGAAGCGGCUCUGUGUGCUCAACACGCUCUCAAUAUGCUCCUACAGAAUUCGCUAUUCUCAGUGGCGGAAUUGACGGAAAUCGCCAGAAGAUUGGAUCAGGAGGAGAAUAGUGUUCUAGAUCAGGUAAUUUGGCUGAAAAUUUCAGAUUUUUGGCUGAAAAUGAUGCAUUUUAAGCUAAAAUUCACUAUUUUAGCUUAAAAUUCAUCAUUUUUCAUGAAUUUUGGGUCAAAAUUCAUCAUUUUCAGCCAAAAAUCCACCAAAUUUCAGAAUUUUCAAAAUCGCGAAAGUCAAAACAUGAACGACAGUGGCUACUUUUCGAUUCAAGUCAUUUCGGAGGCGUUGAAGAGUUUCGAUUUGACAUUGACCAAUAUCGAACAUCCCACUAUGGCGGACAUCAAAAAUGAUCCAUUGUAGGUCAUUUUUGGCUCGAAAUUUGAAUUUUUCAUGAAAUUUGGGCCUAAAAACAUGUUUUUAGCCAAAUUUUUGAAUUUCGCGCGAAAAAUUGGUCUAGAAAAGUGUUUUUUGGCUGAAAAUUUGAAUUUUUGAGAAAAAAACUGUGCCAGACUUGCAGAAAAAGGGGCGGAGCCUAAAAUUUUGAAAAAUUUACAUGUAAAGCCUAAGCCACGCCCACAAAACCCUGCCCUAUCAAAAAUCUUGCAGAAAUUGGAAUUUAAAAUCCCUAAGCUCCGCCCCCUUUUAAGCCACGCCCACAAAACCGUGUCCUUUCGAAAAUCUUGCAGAAAUGGAAUUUUAAACACCCUAAGCUCCGCCUCUUUUUAAGCCACGCCCACAAAACCGUGCCCUAUCCAAAAUCUUGCAGAAAUGGGAUUUUGAACACCCUAAGCUCCGCCCCUUUUUAAGCCACGCCCACAAAACCGUGCCCUAUCGAAAAUCUUGCAUUUUCAUUUGUUUUGAUCUAAAUUUGAUAAAAAACUGUGCGAGACUUGCAGAAAAGGGGCGGAGCCUAAUUUUGAACAAUAAACCUAGGGAAAACUGUGUCAGACUUGCAUUUUGAGCCUAAGCCACGCCCCAAAAAACUGUGCCAGGCUUGCAGAAAAGGGGCGGAGCCUAAUUUUGAACAAUAAACCUAGGGAAAACUGUGUCAGACUUGCAUUUUGAGCCUAAGCCACGCCCAAAAAACCGUGCCCAACCCAAUUUUCACCAAAAAACCCCGUUUUUUUUCCAGAAAAGCGCGCGCCUUCAUCUGUAAUCACAUGGAACACUGGUUUGUGCUGCGCAAAUUCGGCCACCAAUGGUUCGAACUAAAUUCGGUGAAAAUGGGUCCCGGAUUAUUGUCCAACACCUACGUCCACGUAUUUUUGCAUCAAUUAGCAGCCGAACAAUAUUCGAUAUUUGUGGUGAAUGGAAUUUUGCCGGAUUCGGAAGCCGAUCAAUUGAUCUCACUUUGUCCGGUGGUGGAGAAAUCGGUGCCCAAGAAACCCAAAAAAGAGCCGGGAAUUUUGGAGAAAUUGGUGGAGAAUGUUGGAAGAAGAUUGGGUAGUGGAAUUGAGCCGGAAAGUGAGAGUUUUGGGGGAUUUUUGGGGCGAAAAUUCAUUGAUUUCUGGGAUUUUCAUGAAAAAUCCGAUUUUCAGCACUAAAUUUGAUAAAUUUUAACCUAAAAUAUUGGAUUUGUAGUCAAAUUUGACCUUUUUCACUUGAAAAAUCAAGUUUUUGACCCAAAAUUCGUAAAUUUUGGUGAUUUUAAACCUGAAAUUCUGAAUUUUCAGUCAAAUCUAACCUUUCUAGCUGCAAAAUCAAAAUUUGAGCCGAAAAUCAUGAAAUUUAACCUGAAUUGAUCGAUUUUUGGUGGAUAUCGACUCUAAAUUGGAUUUUUCAUGAAAAAUGUGAUUUUCUGGACGAAAGUUCAUGAAUUUUGAGCAAUUGCAACCCUAGAAAUCGAUUUUUUAUCAAAUUGACCUAAAAUUCUGAAUUUUCAGUCAUUUUUAACGUUUUUCAUCUGAAAAAUCAAGUUUUGAUCCAAAAUUUGUGAAUGUUGACCUAUUUCAACCCUAGAAGUGGAUUUUUUAUCAAAUUGACCUGAAAUUUUGGAUUUUUUAUUAAAAUUGAUAAAUUUUAACCCAAAAUUCUGAAUUUUCAGUCAGUUUUAAGCUUUUUCAUCUGAAAAAUCAAUUUUUGAUCUAAAAUUCAUAAAUUUUGACCUAAUUUAACCUGAAAUGCUAUAUUUUCUAUGCAAAAUUCGAAAAAUCCCGAUUUUUAAGCCAAAAACCGAGAAUUUUGAGUUUCACUGACGCUCUUUUUGUAGCCUACUAAAAUUGCGUCAGCAAAAAUCCUUUUUGAUGUGAAAUCUGAAGCUACAAAAAUUGCGUCAACGCAAUAUUUCACUGACGUAUUUUUUGUAGCCUACAAAAAUUGCGUCAGUAAGACAAUCUAGGCGUAUUUCCUGUCAAAAACGUGGAUUUUCAGCGAUUUCAAAAAAUUUAUUCAAAUUUUCAGUAAAAAUCAAACAGAAUCCUCAUUUUCAGCCUGAUUUUCAGCUUCUUCGAUUUUUCGCUUCUCAGCCUCCAAAUUUUGCCAUUUUUUCAAAUGCAGUGCAUAUUUUAGCACCAAAUCCAUAUAAAAAAUGUAGAAAAUCCCGAAAAUUGUGAAAAACCACAAUUGAAAAACGUCGAAUGAUUCUGGCCAAUUUCGAUGUCCUGAAAGCUGAAAAUUGCUGAAAAUCUGGAAUUUUUGACUGAAAUUUCAUGAUUUUCAGCCAAAUUCACAUCUGAAACUCACCCAUUCUGAAAAUAUAGAACAAAUAGCACAUGCCCAGCAAGAAUCCCGUAAUUUGCGCGAAAAAAUGCAAAAUUAUGAGAUAGUAGAAGUUGAAGAAGAAAAGUACGGUAAUCAGGAGUUGAGGCAAACCCUGAAAAUUUGAAUUUUUGAAUUUCCCGCCACAAAUAAUGCCACGUGGCGUUUUGGCGCGAAAAUUUGCCGUUUUUUGACACCGAAUUCAAAUAGUUUUGAAAAAAUAAAAGUAGGCAGCAUGGGGAAUCGAACCUGUGACCUUUUUCUUGGAAAUUUUUGUGAUUUUUUGCAGCUACGAUAAAGGCGUCAGCAAAACGCCUUGCUGACGCAUUUCCUGUAGCUCAAAAAUGUGAAUUUGCUUCAGUAAAGAAUUUUGUUGACGCAUUUUUUGUAGCUACAAAAAACACGUCAGCAAAAUGAUGUGCUGGCGCAUUUUUUGUAGCUACAAAGCUACAAAAAGUACGUCAGUAUGAACCCAUGUUGACGCAAUUUUUGUAGCUACAAAAAAGGCGUCAACAAAAUGUUCUGCUGACGCAAUUUUUGUAGCUACAGAAAAAGCGUCAGCAAAAGGAUCUGCUGACGUAAUUUUUGUAGCUACAAAAAAGGCGUCAACAAAAUGUUCUGCUGACGCAAUUUUUGUAGCUACAGAAAAAGCGUCAGCAAAAGGAUCUGCUGACGUAAUUUUUUUAGCUACAAAAAAGGCGUCAACAAAAUGUUCUGCUGACGCAUUUCUCGUAGCCCCAAAAAACUCACAAAAUAAACCACAAUUAUCGAUUUUUGGGCCACCCAACCUCCAAUUGAAAUCCACGCCAAAAUCAAUAAUUGACACGUCAAAAUGGCGAAACUUAUCGGAAUUCCCCAAAAAGUUCGCGGAACUCGAUGCUCCGAACACAAGAAAUUCUCGAAUUUUGACAUUUUCGAGCGAAAAAUCGAGAUUUUUUGGGAUUUUUAAGGGGAAAAUUUGAAAAAGUGUAACAUUUUUCAAUUUUGAAAUGAAAUUUUUGAAAAAAAAAUUGAGAAAAUUGAAUUUUUUGAUGAGUCAUCGGAAAAUUUGAUACCUACAAAAAUGACGCCAGCAAAUCCUAUAUUGACGUGAUUUUUGUAGCUACAAAAUUCACGUCAACAGAAACGCAUGCUGACGCAAUUUUGGUAGCUACAAAACCCUUCACUGACGCAUUUUCCGUAGCUACAAAAUUCACGUCAACAGAAAUUCAUGCUGACGCAUUUUUAGUAGCUUCAAAAUAGCAUUUCUUAGCUACAAAAAUGACGCCAGCAAAAUCUGAUGUUGACGUGAAUUUUGUAGCUUCAAACCCCUUCACUGACACAUUUCCUGUAGCUACAAAAUUCACGUCAACAAAAUGUUCACUGACGUGAAUUUAGUAGCUACAAAACCCUUUACUGACGCAUUUCCAGUAGCUACAAAAUUCACGUCAACAGAAAUGCAUGCUGACGUGAAUUUUGUAGCUUCAAAACCCUUCACUGACGCAAUUUUUGUAGUCCUACCGAAAACGCGCCAGCAAAACUCAAGAUUGACGUGAAUUUUGUAGGUCAAGAAGACAAAGAUUUGGCAAUUGCGAUGGCAAUGUCAAUGGAAACCCGAAAAUUGUCGGAAGACAAUCUGGAAGCUGCAAUUCGGCUAAGUCUACAGGGAAAUGCUGAAAAUCCGGAAGCUGCAGCUGAAAAUGCUGAAAAUCCAGUGGAGACACCAAUUUUGAGUGGGUUUUUUUGAAUUUUGAAUUUUUCGCGCCGAAAAUUGAUCUACAGUAUGAUUUUUAUAGCGGGAAAUUCGAAAAAUUCAAAUUUUUUCCAGCCGCAGCUGCUCAACAACGCAAAGAUCGUGAAGCAUUUUUGAGGCGAUUCGAGGAGCGAAAAUAA